AUGAAAAUUAUUGAUAGUGUGGAAGACCGAGAGUUGGAAGAAGCGAAGAUUUCAGAUCAGGAAGUCUUAAAGGUUGAUGAAUGCUAUCAUGUGGAUGUUGCUGUGAUUGAGGUCCUUGUUGUGUUUGAAUCAGUUGAUGCGGGUGUGGAUGUCCUCCAUUCUGCAUUCCAUUAUGAUCCAUUCGGAAGUGUUGAGGAGGUGGAGGUCCUUGUAGAUGUUGUGGUUGUCCCAUGUGUCCCAUUGAGUUUCCAUACAUCAUGUGUUGUUGCUGGGGUGUCGGUGGAGGUGCCUGUUGUUCUUGCAUUCCACUUGGACCCUGUCCGAGUAGUGAGGGGUUGGAUAUGUUGUAUUUCUGAAAUAUCAUUGAAUAAUUGGAGUGUAAAUCGGGUUCAAUAG